UCUCUCUCUCUCUCUCAAUAUGAAAUUGAUGAAUACAAUGGGUGUUGUUUUGUGGGCUUGUUUACUUGCAUUUCUCUAUCUCUUCAUCAAGGUUGCCUAUCAAACUCUUGAUUGUUACUUGUUUACACCCACACGUAUCAAGAACAUCAUGUCCAGGCAAGGAGUCCGUGGCCCCAAACCUGGGUUCCUUAUCGGUAACCUCUUGGAUAUAGCUGCCCUCGUCUCUAAAUCCACCUCCUUCGACAUGCCCACCAUUGAUCACGACAUCGUCACUCGCCUCUUACCUCACUUCGUCCUCUGGUCCAAAAUUUACGGAAAGAGAUUUAUAUAUUGGAACGGUACGGAGCCUCGGAUGUGUUUGACAGACACUGAACUAAUCAAAGAGCUUUUAGUAAAGCACAGCACUAUCUCUGGUAAAUCAUGGCUCCAACAACAAGGCUCUAAGCAUUUCAUUGGGCGUGGACUUCUAAUGGCAAAUGGCCAAGACUGGCACCACCAACGUCACAUCGUUGCACCUGCAUUUUUCAAUGAUAAACUCAAGAGCUAUGCAAGUUACAUGGUGGAAUGCACCAUGGAGAUGAUUCAAUCAAUGAAGGCAGAACUGGAAAAGGGACGAGUCGAGUUUGAGAUUGGCGAAUGCAUGGCUCGUCUCACUGCGGAUAUCAUUUCACGAACCGAAUUCGAUAGCAGUUACGAAAAGGGGAAACAAAUAUUUCGUUUGUUAACGGAUUUACAACAGUUAUGUGCUCAAGCUAGCCGUCACUUAUGUCUUCCGGGAAGCCGAUUUUUUCCAAGUAAAUAUAACAGAGAGAUCAAAUCAUUAAAAAUGGAAGUUGAGCGCUUGUUGAUGGAGAUCAUACAAAGCCGGACGGAUUGCGUUGAGAUUGGUCGUAGUAGUUCUUAUGGGGACGAUUUACUAGGGAUGUUGCUUAAUGAAAUGCGAAAGAAAAGAGGGGGGAAUGGAUUCAGCUUAAAUUUGCAAGUAAUCAUGGAUGAAUGCAAGACGUUCUUCUUUGCUGGACAUGAAACCACCGCAUUGUUGCUCACAUGGACCAUCAUGUUACUAGCCAGCAACCCAUCUUGGCAAGACAAGGUUCGAGCCGAGGUUAGAGAGGUCUGUAAUGGUCGUUCACCCUCGGUCGAAGAUCUCUCCAAGCUCUCUGUGUUGAACAUGGUGAUCAAAGAAUCUUUAAGAUUAUACCCUCCUGCAUCUUUGCUUCCUAGAAUGGCAUUUGAAGAUAUAAAACUUGGGGACCUCCAGAUUCCAAAAGGGCUGUCAAUUUGGAUCCCAGUGCUAGCCAUACACCACAACAAAGAGAUAUGGGGAGAAGACGUAAAUGAAUUCAACCCUAGUCGAUUUGCGGCUCAAUCAUUCUCUCAACAACGUCAUUUUAUGCCCUUUGCCGCAGGCCCUCGUAAUUGUGUUGGCCAGUCUUUCGCUCUUAUGGAAGCUAAGAUCAUUUUGUCCAUGUUAAUAUGCAAGUUCAAUUUUACCAUAGCAGACAGUUAUAGGCAUGCACCAGUAAUUGUGCUAACUAUAAAACCUAAAUAUGGGGUUCAAGUUUGUUUGAAGCCCUUGGAGGAAUAAGAUGAGUGUUCUGAGUUGUUUAACUGGAAUUUAUCAUCAAUUUUGGCUUAUUUUGGGUUAGUCUUUUUGAGAAUGGAAUAUAGAGUGGAGAAGAAUGGAAGGAGAGAUAUGGACCAAUGCUUGUAAUGAUUAAUUAUCAGAAGAUAUGCUAAUAAAAUGAGAGAAAAAGUUGGAUUUU